CCCGCCUGAAGCCCGUCCCUCCUCCCACCUCCUCGGCUCUCAUGCGCUCAGACUCAGAGUUUGACAGCGAUGAGGGGCAGGAGCGGGGACACCUGCUGCGGCCCCAGAACGGCUCCCUGAGGAACGGCCAGGGGCCCCCGAGGGCCCUGAAGCCCCGGGAGGAGCACCUAUAGCAGCAGCUCCUCCUCUUCAUCGAUGAAGGCUGACCACCUCUGUUUCUGCUGCAUCUGAGCCAGCUGCUGUUUCACUGACCCGAACCUGGACUGUGGGGGGUUCUGACCCGCCCCAGUGGGACCAACACUGCUUACAGACAGAGAGGAAGUUACCUGCUUCACUUCCUGUUUCAGAUAGCCACUGGACGCGCUCAGACCUCACUUCCUGUAGACACAAACACACACACACACACACACACACACAACACAGAGGAGGAGCUACCAAACACUGCCACGGACCUGAACCAGAACCACCGGUACCAACGGACCCACCUUCACCUGCAUGAGGAGCACCAGGCCGACACCGGAGAAUCUUCUGCAUGUUUGUGUGUCCGGUGUGUGCGUUUGUUUUUCUGUUAUUAACUAACAGGCUUUUAUUCUGAAAACCUCAGAGUCUGCAGUUCCAUCAGGCUUUUAUUCUGAAGGGCUGUGAGCGGCUCUAACACUGGAAUGUGCUGAUGUGUUGAUGAUGAGGAAGAUGAAGGUGCUGGAACCACUGAGAAGCUGCACUUUCUGAUUAAAAUCUUUGUUGUUUGUUUGUUUUUAACAUGUUUGAGUCCAGAAGUCAAAGAUCAAAGUUGAAAUCUUUAUUUAGUUCAGUUUCAGCAGCUCACUGACUGUUUCUCUUUAUUGUCUCUGAUUAUAAACACAGUUUGGGGACAAAAAGAUGUUUAAAGAGACCGGCUGAAACCAGUCUUCCUGCUGUGUGACCUUCAGUCUGUGGAUCUGAUCCGAUCUGAAGUUUAAAUGUUUUAUUUGAACGGUUCCUCCGAGGCUUCCUGCUGCUUCAGACACAACAUUCACAUCUAGAUAGAUUUAAAACCAGUCUGAUGUUGGUUCUGUUGGUCCAGAUAAAACCCUCAGGUUCUGUGUCUGAUUCUGGACCUGACUUCAGGAUCUGGUUCUUCCUGUGGUUUCAGUGUGACCUGGACCCUGCAGGUCCACUGUGAGGACCACUGAAGGCUUCUUGUUUUUACUGGACUGGAUCACCUGGAAAGUGUGAAUAAAAUGUUCUGGUUUUAGUGGUUUAACUGGACUGUCCAGUUAGCUGUGUUUCUGUUUCAAACAAAAMGAUCCACUUCCUGUCUGGACUCUCUGACUUCCUGCUGCUUUGAUUCUGAGUCUUUAUUAAAAUCCUCAUCAGCUCCAACA